AUGUUUUUUAUUUUUCAGGUGAAAGAACUCUUUUCCUCCCUAGGCAGUGAAUAUUUGGCGCUGGAGCUGGAUCAGUGUGAUGAUGGCAGCAUUAUUCAAGAAGUCCUUUUUGAAAUGACCGGCCAGAGAACCGUUCCCAAUGUCUUUGUAAAUAAAACACACGUUGGAGGAUGUGAUAAAACAUUUCAGGCUCAACGGGAUGGGACCCUGCAGCAACUGUUGGACAACAAUACCGUCUCCUAUGAUUAUGACCUGAUUGUCAUUGGGGGAGGCUCGGGUGGUCUGGCUUGUUCCAAGGAAGCAGCUUCUCUAGGAAAGAAGGUCAUGGUCUUGGAUUACGUUGAACCUACCCCUCUAGGGACAUCAUGGGGACUCGGUGGUACAUGUGUAAAUGUUGGGUGUAUUCCAAAGAAAUUAAUGCACCAAGCAGCUCUCUUGGGUCAGGCACUGAAAGACUCCAGGAAGUUUGGCUGGGAGUAUGAAGAGCAAGUGAAUCACAACUGGGAUACAAUGCGAGAGAAUAUUCAGGACUACAUUGGCUCUUUGAAUUGGGGCUACAGAGUGUCUCUGCGAGACAAGAAUAUCCGCUAUGAAAACGCAUAUGCAGAGUUUGUUGAACCACAUAAAAUUAAGGCAACAAACAGGAAAGGAAAAGAGAGUUUCUACACUGCAGGGAAGUUUGUUGUGGCUACUGGUGAAAGGCCCCGAUACCUUGACAUCCCUGGAGAUAAAGAAUUCUGCAUUACCAGCGAUGACCUUUUCUCCCUGUCAUACUGCCCUGGGAAAACACUCGUGGUUGGUGCCUCAUACGUGGCAUUGGAAUGUGCCGGUUUUCUGGCGGGUAUAGGUCUGGAUGUGACUGUCAUGGUGCGAUCUAUAUUCCUCCGUGGCUUUGACCAGGAGAUGGCAGAGAAAGCCGGCACUUACAUGGAAACGCAUGGAGUGAAGUUCCUCAAGAAAUUUGUACCAACUUCUGUAGAGCAACUGGAGCCCGGAACUCCAGGAAGGCUCAAAGUCAUUGCCAAAUCUACUGAAAGCGAUCAGGUCAUCGAAGGGGAAUAUAAUACUGUACUGGUUGCUGUAGGCAGAGACUCCUGCACCAGAAAAAUUGGCUUGGAGAGAAUCGGAGUUAAAAAUAAAAGAAAAAAUGGUAAGAUUCCAGUAAAUGAUGAAGAGCAAACCAACGUGCCUUACGUGUAUGCCAUUGGAGAUAUCCUGGAUGGAAAGUGGGAGUUGACGCCAGUGGCAAUCCAAGCAGGGCGUCUUCUUGCAAGGAGACUGUAUGGAGACUCCAAUGUAAAGUGUGAUUAUAUCAACGUACCAACCACCGUGUUUACUCCAAUGGAGUAUGGUUGCUGUGGAUAUUCAGAGGAGAAGGCCAUCGAGGCCUUUGGAGCGGAAAAUCUGGAGGUCUACCACACGUUGUUCUGGCCUCUGGAAUGGACGGUCCCAGGACGUGAUAAUAAUCAGUGCUUUGCAAAGAUCAUCUGCAAUAAGGAUGACUAUGAGCGUGUCGUUGGAUUUCAUGUCUUGGGUCCGAACGCCGGCGAGAUAACUCAGGGCUAUGCUGCAGCAAUGAAAUGUGGACUCACCAAAGAGAAGCUAGACGAGACCAUCGGCAUCCACCCAACAUGUGCAGAGGUGAGUAGCACCAGGCCGUUCGGUUACCAGUUUCACAGCAAUGUAAAAACUGACUUGCUAGGAAUGUUUGUCGUAUUUUCAGUCUUUUUCUUUCUCGGCAUGAAGACUUGCCAAGCUGCUUUGUGA